ACUCAACGCCGCCUCGGUGGCAGAGUACCGGAGAAUUAUCUCUUCUUUGUUUUUUUGAUGUGCGUACAUUUUGGACCAAACGGAGAAACAGAGUCUCCGGCCGCCGCCGUUGGACGGAAUGCUUGCCGACUUCUGGAAAGAGGAAAGAAGGAAGAAAAGUCGACGGGGGAAGAAGUGGGUCCCGCGACCGUCUUUUCCCCCGAGUAAAUUUAUUUAUUUUAUUUAUUUAUUUAUUUUCUUUCUUUUUUGGGUCCUUUUUCUUUAGGAUCAAAUCUAAGUGAGAGUCAGAGGAGAGAACAGAGAGAGUCACGCGGGAUAACACAAAGUGUAAUUUGCAAUAAUUUAAGAUCUGAAAGAAGAAGAAGAAGAAGAAGAAGAAGAAGAAGAAGAAGAAGAGGAAGAAGAAGAGAAAUAAACAUAAACAGGUAUUUGUUUGGUUUUUAAUUUUUUUAAAAUUAUUUUAAAGUGAGAAAGAUAAUAAAGAGCGGACCACAAAGGAAUUUUAGAGCUCGAAAGCCAAAAUCCAAACCCUCCAUUUCCAUCUCCCAAUUCCUUCUCUCUCUCUCUUCCUCUGAUUUGCAGAGAGAAUCCAAAGGACGCAGAGACCCAACAUCAGAAAUACCACAGUUUUUUUUUUUUUUCCUUUUUUUGUGUCUGCAAGAACAGAGAGACAAUACAACACACUCAGUUCGUUAAGUUUUUUUUCCCUUCCCUUUCAAAUAUUCCAAUCAACACCCUAUUUCUUCUCUUAUCCAUUAUUAAGAAAGAGAAGGAAGAAAGAAAGAAACAUCGGAUCGGAUUGGAAUUGUGAAAAUCUCGGGCUUUAUAUUGGUUGCAUCUGAGAGAGAUAUGUUGGAGGAUCGCUCCUUUCUGGCGUCGAGGGUGUUCUCAAGCUCUUUCCACCAAGAAAAUCAGUGGCCUUGCUUUAAUUUAACAUAUCGACUCGAGGUUGGAAUGGCAAAUGGGAAACGCCCGUCAGAUCAUGAUGGCGAGGAUUUUGUUAAAACCUCAAGUUCUUAUGGUAGAAACGUCAGACCUCGAUCUUCAAGGGAUCAUCAUCCAAAUGACGAGUCUGAUUCAGGGGAUAGUUCUGAUUCCGGUUCUCUAAUCUCUUCCAUUGGUCGGGACAACUCUAUUAAUUGCUUAAUUCGCUGCUCCAGGUCCGAUUAUGGUUCUAUUGCAUCUUUGAAUCGAAGUUUCCGUAAGUUAAUUCGUAACGGGGAGCUUUACAAGCUGAGGCGUUUGAACGGUGUGAUUGAACACUGGGUUUACUUCUCUUGCCAUCUUCUGGAAUGGGAGGCUUUUGAUCCAAUUCAACGAAGGUGGAUGCAUUUGCCAAGGAUGGAUUCAAAUGAAUGUUUCAUGUGUUCGGAUAAGGAAUCCUUGGGAGUAGGGACUGACCUUCUUGUUUUUGGUAAGGAUUUAAAUUCCCAUGUUACUUAUAGAUACAGUAUUCUGACAAAUUCCUGGUGUCCUGGAGUGAGUAUGAAUGAUCCCAGAUGUUUAUUUGGGUCUGCUAGUAAAGGGGAGAUAGCAAUUUUGGCUGGUGGUUGUGAUUCUAAUGGCAACAUUCUCAACACUGCUGAGCUUUACAAUUCCGAGACUAAAACGUGGGUGACUCUUCCUAAUAUGAUCAAACCAAGGAAGCUUUGUUCUGGGGUGUUCAUGGACAAGAAAUUCUAUGUUAUUGGCGGAGUUGGAGGAAGUGAAGCUAAUGUUCUUACAUGUGGUGAAGAGUAUGAUUUAGAAACUCGAAAAUGGACCGAAAUUCCCAAUAUGUCACCUGGCCGUAGCCCUGCAGCUAGGGACACUGAAAUGCCGGCUGCAGCUGAAGCACCCCCUCUUCUUGCUGUGGUGAAUAAUGAGCUGUAUGCUGCAGAUCAUACUGAUAUGGAGGUGAGGAAAUAUGAUAAGCAAAGAAGAGAAUGGAAUACGGUUGGAAGAUUGCCUGAACGAGCAGUUUCAACAAAUGGUUGGGGGCUUGCGUUUAGAGCUUGUGGAGAUAGGCUUAUUGUUAUUGGUGGACCAAGGGCAAUGGGUGAAGGUUAUAUAGAACUUAAUUCAUGGGUUCCAAGUGAAGGACCUCCAAGAUGGGAUUUGCUUGCAAGGAAACCAUCUGCAAAUUUUGUGUAUAACUGUGCUGUGAUGGGAUGCUGAAAUUUAAAAGAAGAAAAAAAAAAAAAAAAAAAGAAAAGAAAAGAAAAAACCAAAGUGUUUGUGCUAUGCUCUCCAUUGAUGGUGGUCUCACACUUCCAACUUCCAAGAUGAAUUGCUGAAGAUGGGUUUGUUUUCUUUCUUCUUCUACACAUGAUUUUAGCUGAUGAGUUAUUUCCCAUACUCUCUUCAGAUAUUUUCAACCAACUGCGCAGGGAGGCGUGGGGAGGAAUUGAUUUUACUCAAGAUUUUAUAGAAAAACUUUCCAUGGAAGGAGAUCUUAAAAAGAAGAAAAAAUAUAUAAAUAUAUCAUUUAUUCUCUCAUCAGACUCAUUUUUAUUUGCUUCUUCUUCCAUUGAUAAUGCAUCUCCCCCAUUUUCCCCCACCCCUGAUUAUUGGUUUGAGAUAUUACAAAGAUUGAUUUUCUUGUUAGGACAGUUAUAGUUCCCAAUAAUUUGAGUACAAUAGAAAAUUCACAGCUCACUGAAUACUGUUUUUCUUUAA